AUGUCAAUGACUGAUAACGAUUCUCCAAAUGAUUCGACACAAAAAUCAAGAUCCGAUUCAGAAGUUAGUAAAUAAGUUUUGAAAUAUAUUUAAAGAAUCAAUUUUCAGAUCCGCAACAAAGUUUCGAAAUCAGCCUCUUCUUCGCAUAGGAGAAUUUUAAUAGAUGAUAUUUCUAGUUGUGAAGGUUCAGCUGGUGAUCGAAUAUGGGCUAUUUGUUCAGGCAUUAAUGAUCAAACUAUUGAGAUAAAAUUCAUGGGACCUAAUAUAAAUGAGGAAAAUGCAGUUGAUUUGAUGAAAAGAAACGAUGUUUUGAUGUUUACAAUUCCACAUUUGAAAAUCGAAAUUGAAACAAAUUUAGAACUGAAGUUCAUAAUUUCAAAUGAGAAUUUCACAACAAUUCCAUUCAAAUAUGUACCGAUCUCCAAUAAUAUUAUUUCCUUAUCUGAUAAUUUGGUUGAAUUUGCUACAACUGGUGAUGCUAUUCAUCUUUUGAAUCCAUUUGUUGGAUGUAUAAAGAAAAGUGAUUCCGAAGGAGAUACGUAAGUACUUUGACACAGUCAGUUUUUAAACAAAACAAUAAGUAUUUUAGAGUUCUUCAUAUCGCAUCGAAAUCGAGUCAAAGCUUUGCUCUAAAACUUUUAUUAUCAGUUAUCCCACCAACUCAAAGACAAGGUACAUAGUUAUAUAUAUAUUUUUUCAAGAACAAAACUAAGUUUUCAGAAAUUAUUAACCUACAAAAUAAGCAUGGAUUGACUGCACUUCAUUGUGCAAUUCGAGCCGGAGAUCCAGAUGCUGUUCAUUAUCUACUCAAUCAUGGUGCACUUAUAAACAUCAAAGAUUCUCAUGGAAAUACUGUAUGUCUAUAUUUAUUUUUCUGAAUCAACCUAAAACAUAAAUUUGCAGUGUCUUCAUUAUCUCGGUGAUGCAUAUAAUGAAUCGAUAUUCAAAGAGAUUUUAGAACCACCUCGUGGUCAAACUUGUGAUUUGAAUCAAUUGAAUAAUGAAGGAUUUUCUCCAUUACACAUUGCAGUUCGAAGAUUGAAACUAUCAUUGAUCGAUAUGUUAUUAGAAGCUGGAGUUCUUAUUGAUUUAUUGGAUCGAGAAAAACAAAGAAAUGCAUUGAUGCAUGCGAUUGAGAUGAAUGACUUUGAAACAAUCCAGUAUUUGAUAGAAGUUUGUAGAAAAAUUAAAAUUAAAGUUCUCAUGUUAUUUUUUUUUAGAAAGGAUCAAAUACAAAUUUUGAAGAUACAAACAAUGAUACUUGUCUUUCAUUGGCUGUCAAAAAUAUAAACUAUCCAGUCAUCGGAUUACUUUUGGAUAAUGGAGCUGAUCCACACAAGAAAAACGGAAAAGGAAUAUGUCUAGCUGAUUCAGAAGACGAAGUUAUUCAAAAAAUAAUGAACGGUGAACGACCAGAAUUUCCGAAAAAAGACUGUUUUACGGUUCCAACUGAUCUCGCAACAUCACGAUCUCCUCUUUUCGGACGAUCUCAUCCAGAUAAUGCACCCAAUGAAGAGUUUGAGAGAAAUCGAAUUGUAAAAAGGACAAGAGAAGAAAUAUUGAAUGGUUUGUUGAGAUAAAAACUUGAAACAACAAUAAAUAUUGAUUUAGACGCUCAAUCAUUAUUGGACGAACCAGAUGUUCCUAUGCUAGCUUCCCGUGCAAUUUAUUCACAAGAAGAAAAUGAGGAAGAUGAGAAUGUUGGACCAUCAACAUCUUCGGGACAUUCAGGGUCUCGAAGAACGAGAGAUUGGGAAACGAAUAAACAAAUAAGUGGUAAAUAAUCAAUGAAUUGACUAGAACAAUGAGCGCUAAACUUAUUUCAGACAGUGUAAGCAAUUUGGAUUAUCUAACAAGAAUACGUGUAGCUAAAAUAUUUGACGAUCAAGCAAAAUGGCAAAGAUUAGCAGAGAAAUUACAAUGUGAUCAUAUGGUUGAAUUGAUUUCGAUAUGUUCGGCUGGAGAUGAAUCAAGUCCAACAAUGAUUUUAUUGGACCAAUUUGAACAACUUACUGAUUCAUCAAUCACAAAACUUCGCUCAGCAAUGGAUGAUUUAGAGGAAACAGAAGGAGUUAAAUUGAUUGAUCAACGUUUCGUAUAUUAA